AUGGAUGCUGAAACAUCUACUUUGGCGGGAUCGUCCACGCAUGGACCUGAAACAAACAUAGCAUUGUCGUCUGCUCUUCGGACCGUCUUGGUGUGCUUGUUUAUUCCUUCAACAGUUAUAACUGUUUUUGGAAAUGCGCUUGUUUUGGCGGCGUACAAACGUGAUGAGAGAAUACGAAAGAGGAGGACUAACACGUUCAUUCUUAAUCUAGCCAUCGCCGAUCUCCUCGUUGGCAUCACUAUGAUUAUUUACACCCCCCAGUACAUCACGGAUAAGUGGUUAUUUGGAAGGAAUUUCUGUAUCAUCGUAUGGGCCAUAGGUUACAUCGCAACCGACAUAUCCGUUAUUACCGUCAUCACCAUCAGCGUGGACCGGUACCUCAUGGUGAGGAAUGCAAUGAAAUACCAGAUUCAUCAGUCCCGGAAACGUAUCGUCCUCAUCUUCAUCGUUGUCUGGUUCUUCUGCAGUCUCGUACAUACCGGUCUUGCUUUCAUCUAUUCCGCGUGGACGGACCACAAGUACCUUAAACGUCAAACUUGUAAUUUGGAAUACCGUCGUGAAAAGGCUCUGGUUAUUCUUAUGUUCAUCAUUGAGUUUGUGUUGCCCGUCCUGACUCUGUUUGUAUUAAACUUGAAAGUGUUUAUUAAAAUAAAGAAGCGGAGGGAAACCAUAAUACAGUUUAAAUGGCGCAGAGGUGAGGAUCCGAAAUCUAACGUCGUCUCCAGACGGGAUAACAAGGAUGAUCAAGAGAAAAAGUAA